AUGGUGGGCAGGGUCGCCGUGGCCGCGGCAGCCGCCUCUCUCCCCGGGAAAGACGACGACGAAGACGACGAGGCGCAGCCAUGCAAGAAACGGCGAGAGGAAGAUACUUGUGUGGAAACAAUCACAAGAUAUUUUUCACCAUUAGCAAAGCCAAUGGAUAAAGCCUUGUCACCACCAAAACCCAACAACAUAUUGGAUUAUUUUAAAAAGGCAUCUCUAACUGAGAAAGGUACAUUGCCAGUUGUAGUAGGAGAAAAUAAAACAUUGUUGGAUGCUGAUGACAAGGACUGUAAGUCACCUUUUAAACCACCUUCAAAGUGGAAGAGGAAAGGGAAGAGAGUUAAUUUAAAUAAUAAGCAAAGAGUGAUGAAAGAAUCUGAGAAUGAAGAUGAAAUAAAACUUAGUAAUGACACCAGCAGAGAAACAACAGGACUAAAACAAGACAGUAAUGAUUUUAUUGCUACUUGUGCUUUAGUUGGCCAGAGAUGUACAAGAGAAUUAGAAGAAGAUAUUGUCCAAAGAAAGAACUUCUCCAAUGCUGGCAUCUCCAGAAAAGAUGCAAAGAAAGUUGGUUCUGAAGUAAAUGGAACAAAAAAUAGAAUAAGAAGAUCAAGGAAGAGGAAGCAAAAGGUGAAUAUGGAUUUGUCUGAAAGUCUUUUGUCUGAAAACCAACUGAAUGAAAAGUGUAAAAAGGAUGCUGAAGAUACAAAAAAGGUAGUUUCUCCUACAGUAGCAGAGUGUGACAUUGUUAUUAGUGACUCCAGUUUUGAACUUCAUAGGGACGAUAAAUCAUCACAGGUAAAUAACAGCAUUGUAACAGUGUCAUUUGAGGACUUCCUGAAGAGUCAAGGAGAAAGUAAUGUAGAUCAUGUUGAAGACACAAAACCAGCAGUGGACAAUGCUGCUCCAUCAAAAGACAUGGACAAAAGUGACAGUGACCCAGAUAAGUGUGAGGAGUCUCAACAGCUACCACUUAGAACAGUAACAGUGCUUGCACAAGUUCAUUCCAUUCCCCCAAAAUUAGCUCCAUUACAUAAGGAACAAAAAGGCUCUAGGAAAAUAGCAUCCAUUUUUCUAAAGCAGAAGGGAUGUGUUGUGGAAAAAGAAAGCAGCCCACCCCUCUUGGACAGUGAACAAACUGAACAGGUUAUUCAGAAAAGAAAAUCUAAUGUAGUUAUUGAGGAAGAAGAGUUGGAGUUAGCUGUACUAGAGACUGCAGGGUCAGAUUCUUUGAAGCCAAAAUGUACUCUGGAAGAAAGGCAUCAGUUUAUGAAGGCAUUUAGACAACCAACAUCAGAUGUAGUGAGAAGUGGAGUUAAAAGGGCACCUGGAAAACAAAAGCAAGUCCUUGGAAAGUGUUCCAAAGAAAAAGAAGGACCUGAAGAUGACACUGCUUUAAAUAAAGGAUUAGAAAGCAGAGUACCAGAGGAAUAUGUGAGCAAAUACACACAAUCUGGUUCUGCAAACAGUAGAACUAAAUCCAGAAGACCUAGGAAGCUUCAGAAGAAAGGAAAUGGAAGAAAGAAGGCUCCAGAUCCUAAGGAAACAAAUGAGUCUAAUACCAGCAAUUAUAAUGAAGAUAUUCAGGAUUCAGGAGCUAAUAUUCUUUCUAAGGAAAACAGCUUAGAUGUAAGAAUUUCAUCAAGUCUGAAAAUGAAUAAGUUAAGGAGGAGUUCAAGGCAGGAGAAAAUCAAAACAUCCAAAAAUGUUACACCUAAAAAAAAAAGGAUUAGAAAUACUUUUUCUGAAGAUGAAUUACCUGUCAGUCCCUUUCAGACUUCUACACCCAAAGCAAGCGAGCGAUCCUUGAAGAAAAGUAACAUGUAUAAAGCUGAGGUGAUUACUGUGCCCUUUGAUGGGAACAGCCCAAUAAGAAUGCGAUUCACACGUAUCAGUAUGACUACAAAACCAAAUAAAGCUGAAGCAAUGAAAAAUGAAGAUUUUAACUCAAAAAAUAUUAAGAUAAGCUCUACUUCCAAAAACAUAUCCAAAGCAAAGCAGCUGAUUGAAAAAGCAAAGGCUCUACAGCACAACAGAGCAAAGGUUACUGAGGACUCAGCAGCUCCUGUGAGGCGCUCGUUGCGCCAGCGAGCUCUUGCUGAAAAGAAAAAAAUACAGGAAGAUGAAGAAUCAGUAAUAAUUUUAGAUUCAAGUCUGAGUAAUGACAGCACUAUAGUGCAGAAUGGGAAGCAGAAGAAUCUUCGAAGCUUAAAUGAUGUUUUGGGGAAAAAGACAAGAAACUUAAAGGUUGCAAAGAACUCAAAUGGAAAACUGAGAUAUCCACCUUCCUCCCUAGGUAGGAAUGCUCAAAACUCUGCAGGUGAACCAAUUGUGAUCUUUGAUGAAAGCAGCCAAGAUGCAUCAGAAAGCUCUCAAGAUGAUGAUCAGUUUAGAGCAAAACGUGAAUUCUUGAGGAGUGGAUUGCCAGAGUCACUGAAAAGACAGAUUGCAAAGAAAGCAGCAGCAAUGGAAGCAUAUGCUCUUGCAAGUUCUUCUUUUAAGACUGUUGUCCAUGUGCAGCAGAAGGAUGACUGUUACCCAAUGUGGAAAUUGAAAUCACCAUCCUGUCCUCUAUUAGCUAAGCUAAGGAAACUAAAUACUGAUGUCACUAACAUCACAAAAAUCACUCUCUCACUUGGUGAAUUUUCCACUGUGAAUUCAAAACUAGCUGGAGACUCCUCUGCACCUGUGCUUUCUGGCCACCGACCAGUUUUUACUGACACAUUCAGGAAAGAUUUACUAGAUGAGAUCAUGUCUUCUAAUUCUCAGUUUCCUGUGAGAAAAUACUUCUACAAGUUUCUGAAAAAGCAAACAGAACGGUUGGGUUUUGAAAACAGUUUACAAGGUUAUGGAGAUGGCACUGCAAAUUCUGAGGUAAAGCAGAAGCAUUCUGACAAUUGGAAGGAAACUAAGAGGAAAAGGAAAGAAACAGAAGACCGUAAAUCAAAAAGAAGAAAAGAAGCUGAAGGUACAGAGUCUGAAAUAAAACCCAGAGUUUCCAGAAACCUUAUUUCUCCAAUACAUGGAGAAAACCAAGCAGAGACAGGACAAGCAGCAUGCUUAGAAAAAAAGAAGACCCAGAAAUUAGAUGAUAUGACAGAAGAUGCUGGAUAUUUGUCAGAACCAAAUGCAUUUUCAGGUAUUGAAAAAGAAGACAUGCUCUGGACAGAAAAAUAUCAGCCUCAAGAUUCCAGUGAACUUGUAGGGAACAAGAAAGAAAUUGAGAGGCUACACAGUUGGUUAAAAGAGUGGAAAAAAAGAGCUGACUGGGAAGAAAAAAGAAAUCAGAAAGGGGAAAAAGAGGACAAGGAGCAUCAAGAUUCUUUGGACAGCCUUGACUUCAUAGAUAAAUCUGAGAUGGAGGAAGAGACCAGCCUUUGCAAUACAGUUCUGAUAACUGGCCCACCAGGAGUGGGGAAAACUGCUGCAGUAUAUGCUUGUGCUCAAGAACUUGGUUUUAAGAUAUUUGAAGUCAAUGCCUCUUGCCAGCGUAGUGGUAGACACAUCCUCUCUCAACUGAAGGAAGCUACUCAGUCUCAUCAAGUGGACAAAAAGGGCAUUAAUGCAUGUAAGCCAUGCUUUUUCAACACUUGUAGCAGUACCAAAUCUCCAAAAAAAAUGUAUUCUCCAAAGAAAGUUAUUUCACCAAGAAAACCUCCACUGUCACCAAAGGGAGCAGGAUUAAAACGAAGCUUACCUCCUAAAACACUUGCAAACUAUUUCAAAAUUUCUUCCAAAGGUAAAGGUAAUGAUGGAGGAGUAACAUCACAAGAGAAAAAAAAAGGAAGGACUAAAAAUACAAGUGAAGAAAAGAAAGAUGUUCAAAUCAAGUCAAUAACCAAGGAAACAGAAGGAGGAGAACACAACAGAAAAAGUGCAACAUCUCUCAUUCUUUUUGAAGAGGUAGAUAUAAUAUUUGAUGAAGAUGCAGGAUUUCUAAGUGCAAUAAAGACAUUCAUGGCAACUGCAAAGAGACCUGUAAUCCUUACUACCAAUGAUCCAACAUUCAGCUUAAUGUUUGAUGGCUGUUUUGAAGAGAUCAACUUUAGAACCCCUUCCUUGAUAAAUGCUGCAAGCUACCUUCAGGUGCUGUGUCUGGCAGAGAAUCUACGAACAGAUGUGAAAGACUUGGCUACUCUGUUAACCACAAAUAACUGUGAUAUCAGGCAAAGUGUUCUCUGUUUACAAUUUUGGGUUAGAAGUGGAGGUGGAUUCUUGAAAGACAAACAUUUGUCACAUCAUGGAGGAGAUGAGACAAAUAAAGCAGAUCACAUAAUUCAUCCAGAAAAGACUACUGAUUCCAAGAUUGAUUUUUCUGAAGCUGAUGCAUGUCUUCAGGAGUUCCCAAAAUGUGACACAGGCUGUGUAGAGACAUUGCUUGGCCUUAAGAAUAUCCUGUUGCCUUCAGAAGAUUUAUUUACAUUUCUUAAGCACAAAAUCACAACCAGGGAGAAAUGGAAUAAACUGAUGCAGCUGCUCACAGAAUUUCAGAUGAGGAAUGUUGAUUUUAUAUACAGUAAUCUUGAACUUAUUCUCCCCUUACCGGUACAAGUUCUUUCAAACCAGUCCGAAGCCUCUAACUCUGAACUUGAAAGGACUACUGUAGUUUCUUCAAAAAACAGAUCUAAUAAUAAUUAUCACUCUGGAAAAAGUAGCCCUGGAAAAAAGUUUAAAAAGACAAAGAGCCAGAAAAGGCUUGAGAUACUGGAUGAUAGUGACUUAUUUGAUACUGGACUGAACUAUUCAGCUGAAUUCCUGACUUUGCCAUCAGAUAGCCCCACAUCAUGUGCUGAAGGGAAUAAAGAGGAAACAAAGUUGUUGAUAAAUAGAGAAGAAACUAAAACUAAAACCUCAGCAAAUGAGAGAAGGUCUGCACUUGUUUUUCAGUGUCUGAAUUCACUGACUGAAUUUGUGGAGGACAUGUCCUUCUUGGAUUGCUGUGUAAACACUAACACCAAGGAACCACUGGAGUUUUCUGAAGAUGAAGGAUUUAAUUGGACAAAUGGCAAAAUCAAAAAUGGUCUUAGUGAUGAAUUCAGUAUAGAAAAUACUGAUUGGUGGAGUUCCCAGAGCUGUAGUGAAAUAAAGGCAGCUAUUGAAGCCCUAAGUUUUAACAAAUGUUCUGGCAAUAUUUCACAAAACUUGGAAUCUUCUUUGAGUACCAGUAAAACACCUGAAGGAGAUCUACUGGGGGGACUUACUUUGCAUAUUUCAAACACAAGAAAUUAUGUAUCCUUCAGUCAGUCGACUGAAUCAAGCAUUCACAAAAAAGCACAAAAGAGGCUGGCAGUCAUCAGAACUGUAUUUUCCAGAAGUCCUUUUAACCUGGGUAAUAAGCAGGCCAGCAUACUUGAAUACCUCCCCACUCUUCGUAGCAUCUGUAGGUCUGAGAAGCUUAAAGAGCAAGGGAAGACUAAAAGAAGGUUCUUGCAUUAUCUUGAAGGGAUUCACCUCGAAAUUCCCAGACAAAUGACAAACAGUCUGUCUUUGGACUUCCCUUAAACUUGAUGACACCAGAAAUACUUUGUGCCUAAUGGUGGUAUUCUCACCAUAGUUUGAUUUAUUUUUUUUUUAAACCACAUUAUUUUAUUGUAUAUUCAGAGCCAUUUGUAUAUUAAAUUUCUAUAAGUAUUUAAAAUAAUGUAUAUAUCUAUUGUCAUGAUAUUGCCCUCCACAACUGAAAUGUGGGUUGGUUUGGUGCUCCUCCAGUAAAGUGCAUUUAUAAUAUUAAAUGCACAAACUAAUCAAUGGUAUCUUUCUCUGGAAUUUGUAUAUCACAUAGCAACA